AUGGGUAUUACAGUCGGUAUUGCCGGGAUCACUGGCAAAUUCGCUCGUCUGGUUGUGAAGAACCUAUGCAAAUCCCCCGACGUUCAAAUCCGCGGACUAUGCCGUAACGCAUCAAAGCUCCCCCAGCAUUUCCGGGACUCGCCUCGCGUGACAACCAUCCAAGGCGACUCUGGCGAUCUAGAAACAUUGCGCACUUUUGUUCGUGGAUGUGAUGUCGUGGUCUGCUGCUACCUUGGAGACAACAAUCUCAUGACUGAAGGACAGAAAUUGCUUGUUGAUGCAUGUGAUCACGAAGGUGUUAGGCGCUAUGUCGCUAGCGACUACUGUCUUGACUUUACAAAGUUAGAACUUGGCCAGCACCCUGCGAAGGAUCCGAUGAAGCACGUAAAGGCCUAUUUGGAAACCAAGGACAAUGUUCAAGGAGUGCACGUCCUCAUUGGAGCAUUCAUGGAGACUUUUUGGAGUGAAUACUUUGGUAUCUGGAACCCGACUGAGUGCAAGUUGACCUUUUACGGAAAUGGAGACGAGCUUUGGGAGUCGACCACCUAUGAAACUGCAGCCCAAUAUGUAGCGGCCGUGGCGAUGGACCGCAGUGCCGUGGGCAUGCAGCAUUUCCUCGGUGACCGGAAAACGCUGCGCGAAAUCGCUGAUGAUUUUGCCGAGGUAUAUGGCAAGAAGCCUGAGCUUGAGCGCCUAGGAUCUCUCCACGACCUCUAUAACAAGAUGCAGGCAACCUUCCAAAAAGAUCCCUCGAAUAUCUAUGCAUACCUUGCCAUGUUCUACCAGUUCUACUGUACAAAUGGUCAAACAUACCUGAAGAAGGAUUUGGACAACUCCAAAUAUCCCGAGGUUGUACCGGUCACUUUCAAAAAGUUCCUUCAGACCCACCAAAUGGGGGAGUUAAGUGCCACGUACCAGAAUGCAGGCUCAAAUGCGUGA